GUCACAAGACUUUUUUUUCCCUUUUGCCAACGUCGAGAACCUCUCACGGACGAGCAAAGUCUAGUGUUUGGUUUCAGUACGGCGGUCGCUGGCUCUGUGUAUGACUGACCUGAAGAAGCAAAGACUUCUUGCAACGUAGAAACGCAAAGGCGCUUCUUUUUUGUGCAAUAUGGCAGGAAGGCAGGCGGCGUUGUUUUUGGUGGUGCUGUCUGUGGCGGCGGGCCCUGUCUCCCAGCUUGCUCGGGCGAGCGACGACAGCGUCGACAGCGUCGAAACCGCGCGUCAGCACAUGGAGCUGGCUAUCGAGGCUGACGAAGAGAUGCACGAGGCCUACGACCCUUUGUUGGAAUUCGUUGAGACGUUCCGGGAAAUCAAAAAAGCUGUUGAGGAAGAUGCGGCUCUGAGUACAGAUGCGAUCGACCGCGUGUCCCAGUUCGAUCUGGUUUCCCUCCUAGAUGUCAUCCGAGAGGCUGCACAAGCAAAGUUCGAUCUCCUCGGACGCCUCAUUACAGACAUCGCCAGCGGAAUCGGCGAGGGUGCCAUGGCUCUGAUGGGAGAGGAGGCUGCGUUCAUUAGGCCAAGGAGGUCAAAGAGAGGGAAGAAGACUACAACCACAACCAGUUCAUCCACAAGUACGAGUACAACGACCACGACAUCAACUACCACUACUACCACUACUACCACUACCACCACUACGACUCCUACUACAACUACGACACCAACAACAACUACAACAACCACAACAACUACACCAACAACAACGACAACAACCACAACGCCAACUACAACGACAUCUACGACAACCACUACGACUACCACAACUACUACUACACCAACUACAACUACAACAACGACAACUGAACCAACUACAACAACGACAACCACGGAACCAACAACUACAACAACAACCACGGAACCAACCACAACUACAAGCACAACGACGACUACGACAACUACAACGACUACGACACCAUCUACGACGACAUCCACCACCACUACCCUCGAUUAGACCAAAGUGUUUUUGCCGCACAGAUUGUACAUGCAUCAAAAAACGCGAUAUUUCUUUCUCGUUUGCGCUGGCGUCAUCUGCGUCUGCCAUUUGAAUCUGUCAGCGCUGCCAGCUCCAUAGGGCGUGCUCCCUGAUGACGUAUUUGCACGAAGGGAUGUCUUGGCUUCUACAUUGGCGAACCGUUUUUGGCACUCCAAAAUUUUUAUUAACACAAAGCCUUGCACUGGCCUCAUUGUCUAUUCAUAGAACGAUAAUGUGUUGACCUCGACGUCACGUCCUCUCAAACGCACGUAGAGACAGAAUUCCGUGUCAUACCCA